GGCUAGAUUGAUUGCGGGGCCAGUGUUAAAGGCAAAGCGGUUCUAGUCAGGAGUCGGACUGUCACCGCUCUCUCCAGCCCUCCUUCUAUUUCUUCCUUUUUUAAACUGGGGGGUCGUUCUAGGUAAAGGGGGGGCUUUGUGAACAAGCAAAGGCGAGUUUUUUCCACCCCACGGUGGAGCAACAGUGGCGUUUUGGAAGGAAGUUCUUACUGCAAGGAGAAUCAAGCAGCGUCCUGUCCCCCCACCGCCAUCAACACGGAACGGACCAUCCACCAUGAAGGGCACGGGCUUUGUAGAUCAUGUCCGCAGAUUCAUUUGGCGCCGGCGGCAGCGACGCCCAGCAGACGCUUCAGUCCUUCUGGCCUCGCGUCAUGGAAGAGAUCCGGAACCUAACUGUGAAGGACUUCCGCGUGCAGGAGUUGCCUUUGGCUCGAAUCAAGAAAAUCAUGAAGCUGGAUGAGGAUGUGAAGAUGAUCAGCGCCGAAGCGCCCGUGUUGUUCGCCAAGGCGGCGCAGAUCUUCAUCACGGAACUCACCCUGCGAGCAUGGAUCCACACGGAGGAUAACAAGCGACGCACGCUACAGAGGAACGACAUCGCCAUGGCCAUAACCAAGUUUGACCAGUUUGACUUCCUCAUCGACAUUGUUCCCCGAGAUGACCUGAAGCCCCCGAAGCGACAGGAGGAGAUGCGUCAGACAGUGGCCCCAGCCGAGCCGGUGCAGUACUACUUCACGCUGGCGCAGCAGCCCGGCGCCGUGCAAGUGCAGGGGGCGCAACAGGGCCAGCAGGCCGCCGCCGCGCAAACGGCCACCACCAUCCAACCCGGCCAGAUCAUCAUUGCGCAGCCGCAGCAAGGACAGAUGCUUCAAGGUGCCACCAUGCAGCAGUUGCAGCAAGUGCAGGUGCAAUCGCAAGGCACGCCCAUCACGAGCGCGCCCGUGGCCAUGCAGGUGGGUGACCAGCAGGUGCAGAUAGUGCAGGCGGCGGCGGGGGGGCAAGCGCAGACGGCCCAGGCACAGGCCCAGGGCCAGACCAUGCAAGUCAUGCAGCAGAUCAUCACCAACACGGGCGAGAUCCAGCAGAUUCCGGUGCAGCUCAAUACGGGCCAGCUGCAGUACAUUCGCCUGGCCCAGCCAGUCUCCAACGCGCAGGUGGUCCAAGGACAGAUUCAGACCCUCGCCAACACGCAGCAGGCUGAUGUGCAACCAGGGCAGCAGCAGUUCAACCAGUUCACUGACGGACAGCAGUUGUACCAGAUCCAGCAGGUGACGGUGCCGGUGGGUCAGGAUUUGAGCCAGUCCAUGUUCAUUCAGUCCACCAGCCAAACGGGAGAGACGCAGGUCACGCAGGUCACCAGCGACUGAGCUCUGACCGACAGACUGCCUCGCCCGUGUUCCGUUUUUUUUUUUCUACAGUGAAAUCUUAAGUCACCCCCCCCAUGUAGUCUUUUAUGUUUUUAUACUUUUUUUUUAUACGCUAUGGACCAUGCCCCGUCUGCCGUUUUGUCCCGCCCUCGGACGGAAGUAGCCAUUUACCUCACACACAUGCGCUCAGACGAGGAGGAGGAGCUUCAGCAAUUACAAUCAACACACCUUUGUUUUGUUUAGUGUCCCUCUUCAUAGCACCCCACCAUCUAUGUUUCUUCCUUUUUGUACAGUAAUUAUCUGCGAUUGUCCUCAUUUGUAUUUGUGUAUGUGGUCCAAACCGCCAGCCUGCAUGACAUGCCGAAAGACAGGUACACGUUUAUUUUUGGGAUGUUUUGUAAGCAAAUUUUGUUGGUGACAAAAAAAAAUAAAUGAAAGAAGAAGCCUUCAA